AUGAGCUUCAGUCAAGAAAACGGGCGGUCAUAUCACGGCUGGAAGCCAGAAAAGGGUUACAUCUUGCCUAGUGACCAGCAAGAGAGCGACCGACUAGACAUGCAGCAUUACAUAUUCUACCUGACGUUCGAUGGCGCCUUUUACACCUCCCUUGCCGGAAUGGAAGGCCCGUCACUGAAGCACGUGCUGGAUGCUGGAACGGGGACAGGAAUAUGGGCCAUGGACUUUGCUGAUACGCAUCCUAGGGCGCACGUUGUCGGCAUUGAUCUGAGCCCGAUCCAACCCAGUUUCGUACCUCCCAACCUCACUUUCUACAUCGAUGAUCUCGAGGAGGACUGGGACUUUAGGGAACCCUUCGACUUUAUCUACGGCCGCAUGCUCGCGGGCGCGCUGACCGACUGGCCGGGCUUCGUGCAACGAGCUUUCGAGAACCUCUCCCCCGGCGGCUGGCUCGAGCUGGCCGACAUCACCUUCCCGACGCUAUGCGACGACGGCACCCUGCCGCCCGACUCGGCCCUAAUGCAGUGGAACGAGCACGUCAUCCGGGCCGGCCACAUGCUGGGCCACUCGACCGAGAAGACCAAGCGUGGCCCAUUAACGCAAUGGCCGAGGGAUCCCAAGUACAAGGAGAUCGGCAUGUGGUCGGAGCACAACUUUUGCGGCGGCAUGUACUGGCUGAGCGUCGCGCUGUUCACGCGCGCCCUCGGCUGGACAGCAGAUCGGUUGGAGGUGUUUCUGGUCGAUGUGAGGAAGGACCUCAGGAACAGGUCCAUCCAUGCGUACUGGCCGAUGUGA